AUGAUCGCAGCGAGCUCCGACCACCACGCCGGCGGAAAAGGAACAGGUUUUUUCAAUCAAUUCAUGGAUCCAGCAGAGGUGCUCAAUGUCAGGUUUCACUAUGGAGGGGAGUUCAUUCAUAUUGCGUCAACUCUCGAUUAUGUUGGGGGAGAUACUGCAAUGUCAGAGAUAGAGAGGGAUAAGUUGUCACUGCCAGAGCUCAGAGGAUUUUUAGGAGACCAUUUGACAGUUAAAGAGAGCAUGAAGCUAUAUUUUCUUAUGCCAGGGAGAGAGUUGGUUAAUGGACUAUUGUUUUUGUACACUGAUGAAGGUUGCAUGAAGAUGUCAGAGUACAUUACAGAUGGAGGGGUUGCUGAUGUUAAGGAAGAACCAGAUGCAGUUAUCACUGCAGAAGAAGAAGAAGACUUUUUUCAGACAAAUGUUCAGCAAGUAGAUGCAGUAGCAGAGUCAGACAUUUUGGAAAAUAUCUUAGUUCCUAAUGAGGGUGGUGUGGUUACUCAAGUGAUAACCAGCCCUGUGAAGAAAAACUUGAGAGUUGAUGAACUAUCCCAAGUUUCUCAAAUAAUGAAUCCUUCUCAGCCUUUUGUUGCUAGCCAAACUGUAGCUACAAUUCCAGAAGCUGCACAAGAUGGUUCAGACUCUGAAGAUUCUGAUGAUCCUGAUUAUGUGGCACAUACUGAUGACAGUGGAGAGGAACCAGAGGUAGUAGAGUUGAGGAAACAUGCCAGGAAAUUCAAGAAGAAGAUGAAAGCUUCAGAAAUUUGGUUCUCAAAGGAGUCAACAGGUCCAGUUCCUAUAGAGCUAAUUGCUAAUGUGGAAGAUGGCAUAUUUCCUUCAGAAGAAGCUGCACAGGACCUAGAGUUUGAGUCCUCUGAUGAGGAUUAUAGUUAUGAUGAAGAUGAAGAUGGUCAGAUGGUUAGGAGGAAGAGCAGCAAGAACCAAUUAGUCAAAGCACUGAAGAGGUAUGGGCUUGCUACUAAAAGGAGCAUAUCAUUUGUAAAAUCUGAGGAGCAGAGGUGUGCACAGAACAGGGAGAAUAAACUUGUUAGUGCCAAGGUGAUUGCAAAUAGGUAUGAACACAUUAUCCUAGCAAAUCCAAUGUGGAAAAUUGACAGCAUAAAAGCCACAGUGCUCAAAGAUAUGUUUGCAGAUGUGUCAGUUUCAAAAUGCAAGGCAGCAAAAAAAAUUGUACUUGAUAAACUCAUGUGUGGCAUGAAAAGUGAGUAUACAAAAGUGUUUGACUACCAACUAGAACUGCUCAGGAGCAACCCUGGCAGUACAGUGGCCAUUACACUAGAUCCAACUAACCUGCAGAAGAACAUUUUUCAGCAAUACUAUGUCUGUUUUGAUGCUAUGAAGAAAGGUUUUAAAGCAGGGUGCAGAAAAGUCAUUGGACUAGAUGGCUGCUUUUUCAAGGGAGCUUGUCAAGGUGAAUUGCUGGCUGCAAUUGCAAGGGAUGCCAAUAAUCAAAUGUACCCAGUGUCUUGGGCUGUGGUGGAGAAAGAGACAAAUGAUAGCUGGAAGUGGUUUAUUGCUCUGUUAAUCAAAGACUUGGAUAUUAAUGACCAAGGAGCAGGAUGGGUUUUCAUUUCUGAUCAGCAGAAGGCAGAGCACAGGAUGUGUGCCAGGCAUAUAUAUGCCAAUUGGAGAAAGAAAUACAAGGACCAUGAGUACCAAAAGAGAUUUUGGGCAAUUGCCAAAGCUGCAAACAAAGAGGAUUUUAACUACAACAAGGCAAGGCUUGCUCAGCUAACUCCUGAUGGUGCAAAGGAUAUCAUGAGGACAGAACCAGUUCAUUGGGCUAGGGCAUUUUUCCCUACAGGAGCUAACUGUGAAUCAGUAGACAAUAAUCUUUGUGAGUCAUUUAACAAUGCCAUUAUAGAAUCAAGGUUCUAUCCAAUAAUUUCACAGCAAGAGAUGAUAAGAAAGAAAAUGCUUGUUAGGGUGCAAGAGCAGAGAGCCAAUUCAGCAAAAUGGAAGGGCAAAAUUUGCUCAAAUAUUUUCAAGAAACUCCAGGUCAGCAUUAGAUUGACACAAUACAUUGAGGUGCUCUGGAAUGGCAAGGAGGGAUUUGAGGUGCAACACAUGAAGGGUAGAAAGAAGAACAAGCUCAGACCGAUGGGACAAAAUCUUCAGCUCCAAGAAGGUCUAAAGCUCCAAGAACUCAUGCUCCAGCAGCAACAACCAGUCAAGCUCAGUCUUCAAGAACUACAUCAACAAGUUUUCAUGUUGGCACAUCAGGUUCUCAAGCUGCAACAUCAAGUUUCAGAGCUCCUAGAGUGGCAACUAGCUCUAAUCCUUGGAGAGGCUCAGGGAGAGGCUUAG